GAUUCAUAUUGGGCAUGACUUGACAGGUUGCGUGUUGGACGUCCCAGUGAUAGAUAUGCACAUGCACAGUGUGGAGAUCCGGGACAGGAACACCUGAGCAGGAGAGCCCGACAGACAGUAGCAGCUGCAGCCAGCACACACUCAUCGACUUUCAGGUAGACGUGUGAAAACUUCGGGAGGGAGAGAGGAGACAGACCCAUAAACAACACCCGAGAUGGCUUUAGCCAGAGAUCCAGCAGCGGCUCACGAGCAGCGAGAUCCAGCCGACCAAAACUUUGACUACAUGUUCAAGCUGCUGAUCAUCGGCAACAGCAGCGUGGGAAAGACCUCAUUUCUCUUCCGAUAUGCAGAUGACUCAUUCACUUCAGCGUUUGUCAGCACGGUCGGCAUCGACUUCAAAGUCAAGACCAUCUACAGGAACAACAAGCGGGUCAAGCUACAGAUCUGGGACACAGCUGGGCAGGAGCGCUACCGGACUAUCACCACAGCUUACUACAGAGGAGCCAUGGGAUUUCUGCUUAUGUACGAUAUCACGAGCCAGGAGUCGUUCUGUGCUGUUCAGGACUGGGCAACGCAAAUCAAGACUUACUCGUGGGACAAUGCUCAGGUGGUGCUGGUAGCCAAUAAGCUGGAUUUGGAAGAUGACAGGCAGGUGCCGACUGAAGAUGGCAAAAGACUGGCCAAAGAGCUGGGCUUCCAUUUCUUCGAGGCCAGUGCCAAAGAUAACAUCAACGUGAAGCAGGUCUUUGAUAAGCUGGUGGACGUCAUCUGCGAGAAGAUGAACGAGAGCGUCAACGGUGAUGCCAAUCCGACAACCAAUCACAAGGGAGAAGGCCUGAAGGACACACCCAACAGCAGUCGGGGUGGCUGUGCAUGCUGAUUGCUGAUUGUAAAACCUGAUAAAACAGGUUUAAUAAUUGAAUAUAGAUGCCCACACUUGAUGACCAGAAUUGCCCAUAAAUCUUUCUUUGUGAAUGUACUUUACCAAAUGUUACUGCAGCGCAAUCAUGGACGCCUGGCGUUCAGUUUCUUUUUCAUAUUUCUUUCUGUUCCUGGUUUUCUUGACUCGGUGGUGAUUCGAGGAUCAUCUUUGUUAUCCCAAUGUAACUGUUACACUAAGAUGCCAAAGAGCUCCACUGAGCAGCCGUGCCUUUUCUCUUUAUCGUUUCCUGUGCACACAGUGCAGUGAACAGCACCUGUUGCAGGUCAGGAUGUGAAAGAAAGCCAUGCGCCAGACUGAAAUGGCAUGGGGACUCACCCCGAUUGACUUGUGUCGUGCUACCCCCUAGUGGGUGUCGCACAAAACUGCAUCACUGUGACUUCUGUUGAAAUUGCCCGUUGUAAACCAAAUGAGGAAGAAGGAACAGUACAAAGUCUAACACAUUUGAAAGCGGAGAUCACACGCCUGAUGGCCCCAUGUGACUCCCAGUUAAUAAACCACACUUUUUGUUGGAUGUUUUGUAGGAAUAUAAUCAUCUGUUGUGUUUAAAUAAUUUAUUUGUUUUUUCUUUUUAUACAUUUAAUUGUUAAUGUUAGUCCAAAGUUAAAAUAACAUGUUCAUGCUGUGCCCUUAAAGUUGAAAUUAAAAGAUAGGAAUAUGUA